GCUAAGAUGGCGGCGGCUGGAGGAGGAGGUGACUUGGACGGUGGAGGCCAUGGCGGGCCAGACGGGAGUCUCCUUGGUCUGGAAAGCGAGUCCGGGCCGGACGCGGAGCCGGACUCGGAGGUGUUCUCGUGCGUGGCUCACUGCUCCGAGCUGGCCUGCCGGCAGAACGAGCAGCGGCGGCUGGGCCUCUUCUGUGACGUCACGCUAGCCUUCUGUGGCGGCAGCGGCGAGGAGGGCGGGGGAGGGGGAGGGGGAGGGGCCUCCUGCCGAGCCGAGCCGCCCCCGCGGGAGUUCCGCGCGCACCGCUCGGUUCUUGCCGCUGCCACCGAGUACUUCGCCCCUCUGCUCUCGGGAGACUUCGCAGAGUCCCGCUCGGGCCGCGUGGAGCUGCGCAAAUGGAGCUCGGAGGCCGGGCCGGACCCAGAGACGGUCGAAGCCGUCAUCAGCUUCAUGUACACGGGGCGUGUCCGCGUCAGCCCCGGCAACGUCCACGAGGUUCUGGAGCUGGCCGACAGGUUUUUAUUGAUACGCUUGAAAGAUUUCUGCGGAGAAUUCCUCAAGAAAAAGCUGAGCCUCUCCAACUCUGUUGCCAUCCAUAGUUUAGCUCACAUGUACUCUUUGAAUCAGCUGGCUUUGAAAGCUGCUGACAUGAUCAGGAGGAACUUCUACAAAGUCAUCCAAGAUGAGGAGUUCUACACUUUGCCAUUCCACCUCAUUAGAGACUGGCUUUCAGACUUAGAAAUCACAGUGGACUCGGAAGAAGUUCUCUUUGAGAUGGUUUUAAAGUGGGUUCAGCGAAAUCCUGAUGAAAGAGGGAAGUACUUUGGUGAGCUCUUUAAACUUCUCCGGCUGUCACAAAUGAAACCGACGUAUUUGACCCGACAUGUGAAAUCUGAAAGGCUUGUAUCCAGCGAUGAAGCUUGCCUCAAACUUGUAUCAGAAGCAGUAGAAAGCCAUGCUCUCAGGGCUGAGAAUUUGCAGCUAGGUACCCUUCAACAAAUUACUUCUCCUAUAACAUCACUUCCUCGCUUUGGGCAAAACAUGGAUGUUAUCAUGGUCAUUGGUGGUGUAUCUGAGGGAGGUGACUACUUAAGUGAGUGUGUGGGGUAUUUUAUUGAUGAAGAUAGAUGGGUGAAUUUACCACACAUACACAAUCAUCUUGAUGGACAUGCUGUUGUUGUGACAGAAUCCUAUGUUUAUGUAGCAGGUUCCAUGGAGCCUGGCUUUGCAAAGACCGUGGAAAGGUACAACCCAAAUCGAAAUGUCUGGGAGCAAGUUUCUAAUCUGAUAACCAGGAAGCAUUCCUUUGGCCUCACUGAAGUAAAGGGGAGUCUGUAUAGCAUUGGUGGGCAUGGGAAUUUUAUCCCUGGCUUCAAAGAUGUAGCUGUCUAUCAUCCUGAUCAAGACAAGUGGCACAACCUAGAGUCGGCACCAAAAAUACUCCGGGAUGUUAAAGUAGUUACUGUAGAUGACAGGUUUGUUUACAUGGCUGCACGCACACCAGUUGAUGGGGAUAAUGAGGAAGGGUUAAGGGCUGUCAUCAUCCGAUAUGAUGCAGAUGCAAGACAGUGGCAGGAUGCUGAGUCUCUGCCACUCCUUGAUAACUAUUGCUGCUUUCAGAUGGCUGUGGCCAACAACAACUUUUACCACACAGCCUCAUGUUGUCCCAGAAGCUACCCUCUGGACCAUGAAGAAGUCAAGAGGAAGAUCUCUGGCCAGGUGUCUGAUGACAUUCUGGAAAGCUUACCACCAGAGGUUCUUAGCAUUGAAGGGGCAGCUGUCUGCUAUUACAAGGAUGAUGUCUUCAUCAUAGGUGGGUGGAAGAACAGUGAUGACACAGACAAACAAUAUAGGAAAGAGGCUUACCGUUACUGUGCUGAAAGGAAACGCUGGCUUUUGCUCCCUCCCAUGCCCCAGCCUCGCUGUCGAGCUACAGCCUGUCACGUGAGAAUCCCCUUCCGGUCCUUGCAUGGCACGCAGCGAUAUCCAAUGCCACAAAACCUAAUGUGGCAGAAGGACCGGAUCCGGCAGAUGCAGGAGAUACAUCGUCAUUCCUUAAGCUUGCGAAGGAUGCCACGGUCUCAGAUAGAGUGCUAGCGUGAAUAAAUGGAGUUUGAGAAAGGCCUGUCAGUGUUACCAUACUCAGCAUGGUCUCUUAACAGUAACCUGAGCUGCUCUAUUUAAGCACUAGGGAUUAUUGCAGAUCUAGCCUUCUAGGUGUUAGUUUGCCAGGAUUGCAAGCACCACAGGAAAACUUGAUAUACUUUAGCCAUAAUAUGAAGGUAGGCAUAGUUAUAAAAUCUCUGGCACUUUUAGCUUUCCCCACAGAUGAGAUGCAAAUAUAGAAUCCAGCAAAAUAAUUGUUCUUGCAGUUUGUAAAAAUGUCCCAAGAAGUACAAAGGUUCAUUACAGCCUCUCACUUCUCUUUCCCAGGAGUUUCUCUACACAGCCUAUUUGUUCCAGUUAGGUGUGUGAAAGAUAGUUUCCCUGUGUAUUGGGACAUCCGUCUUAAAGCAUUUAUACAGGCUGUGUUAAGUAUUAAGUUUUAACAUGUUAAAGUAUUGCUAAAUAUAACACCAUUUCAAGGUUUGCUCUUUUAAGUCAUCAGUUUUAUUGGCUUUUGCAAAGUUACUUUUGUAAGGUUAAAUUCUGCAACUGCUGUGAAUCUACUUCUGCCAAACUUGGAGCCAAGUGCAAUAGUUAAAAAAAACCACAACCAUACAUAUGAGGAGUAAAGCACAAUCUUUCUAAAAACUUCAAAAUGUUCCAUGCUUAUAAAUAUUUUAUAGUUGUAUUUAUGUAGAAACAUUUGAGUUUACUAAGAGAUUAUUAGUUAAAAACAAUCGAUGUUAAUGGUUGGAUCAUCCUCAGUUCUAUAUUGAAUAUUUCAGAGUCUUUACUUUGAGGGCUUCACUACAAUUUUUGGUGAUAUACCUUUCUACUUUGGAGUAGUUCCAUUGAUUUCAAUAAAAUGAAUAUUAUAUAAAUGCUUCAGGAUUGUGGCCUUAAAGGAAUGAGUGAAAAGACCAAAAAGAUCAACAUUACAAAUCCAAAUGCAUAAUCUGAAAGACUUGGGAGUUCAUCAAUGCAGGGAUAAAGUUGAAUGAUGUGUGUGUGUGUUCAAGCAACUAAUAGAGUAAGUCUAAUUAGAAAAACAAACCAUCCAACCUGCCUUUGACAAUCAAAUCUCUUUGCCUUUAUGAUGUGUCAUUCUUUGUUUAAACUGUAUUGAGCAUUUGAGACUUUGGUUGGAGUGGAAAAGUUGCCUCCAUUAUAAUUUGUGAUAGCAAGAUAAUCUCGACAAUGUCUUAAUUGUCAGUUGUCUUUUGGCAGCAAAUAACAUUAAUUGUCACAAAGCAAAGUUUGUUAAUACUGGUAGAAGUUCUGCUUUUCCCCCUUAAAAAAACAAUAAUCUGCUUUCUCUAGAGUGCUAGUGGUUUUAUAGAAGAUGCAAAAAAAGUAAAAUUAUGUCUUUUUAUUGACCAACUUAGGGAAGUAUUUAUGCUUUGGACUUUCACAGAAUUUUUUCUUCAGGCAGGCAAACUUCUUGGUAAAGGACUCAUGAAGUUCUUCACCCUAACCUAAGUUGGUCCAACAAAAUAUUUCAUUUUACUUUUGUGAAUUCUGUCUUUGAGGAUGAACAUGCUCCACUUCUACUGAUAACUGCCUUGGAAAGCCGAAUAAUAUUUCUCACUGGAUUUCCCUUGGCCUCUUCCCUUUUCUCACCCCCUCGCCUCUCCAGAUAUCUAAAUGUAGCUUGCCAAUACUUAUCCUUCCCCACUAUUGGCUGAAGUAAAUUGCUCCAGGAACCAUUCUUCACUUAAGCCACUUACUUUUAUUUAGUAAGAAAUGCUGGGCCUAGUUGUGCUCCUCUCCUUUGGAGCAUUUUCUGCCAAAAUGCACGGAAGCUAAAUGUGUGAUAAUUUUAAAGGGAAGGUCCUUAGGUGGGAUCAAAACCAAUGCAUCACUGGACUCAAGUCAAAUACUUGGAAUAAAAUCAGCUUCCUUCUUCAAAGGAUCUCUCACUGUAUCUGUAUUGUGUUCUUUCUACCUCUUUUAUAGGUUUUCCUUCCUUAAACUGGUUCAAUUUUAUAUCCAGGAGCAUUUAGAUGGGAUGAGGAGGAGUAUGUGAGAAAUCUGCAUUGGCCAAGAUUAUUAUGAAAGCUAAUUACUAUGGUAUUUGAACAGUAAAUAGCAAUGUGUUAAACUUUAGAAAGCACUUGUUCUGUUGUUGUUUUUUAAAAGAAAUGUUACUCUAAGGACUGAUAGUUAUUGUUUUCCAAUUUAGCAAGAAGCCUAAUUCAUGUCUGAGAAAUUGAGGUAAGUCUUUCAACUGCAUGGAUGUGCACAGGUUUUCUUGACUUGCGUUUGUCCCCCUUAUAUUACUUUUACAAUAUAUUUUUGUUAGAAACUUGUGUGCAUUAAAUAACUGUCUUGCUGUCAAGUUCAGACUAAUGCAGCCUUGUGAAACAAGGAAGCCACAAACUUUUAAAAACUGAGGAAUGUCCACUUGCUUGCCAGCCAGUUGUUUUGGGGAAAGGGUUAGAUGCUUCAAAAAGCUUAUUAAUCCGUUGAAAGCCCACUAAUGUUAGGCUGACAUUGUAAAUAUGCAAGGCUUUAAACAGCUCUACUCAAAAAUAUUGCCUAAAGUCAAUUAUGGUGACAUCUAUGUAGAAAAGUUAAACUGGAUUAACCAGAUAUUGUAAUUUUUACAAAGUUUGAAUUUUUCUUUUAGAUCUCUCACAGCACUAGAAUUAACAGGGUUCCCUUGAGGAAAGCAAUGACAAAGCUCUUGAAGCUUAUAGUGUAGAUAUGGUUCUCUGUGUCUCUGCAACUGAAGUGCAACACAUGUUUUAAGGCUUCAUGACAAGUAUUUGGGCUGCAGUGCAAAAUGGUUGGUAGUCUCCACAAAUGAGUUAAUAUAUUGACUGUGCGAAUUAGUAUAUCUGUACAGCUGUUCUUAAAUUGUAAGUCACCAUGGAUGUUGCUUGUGAAUGCCAGUCACUUAUAGUCUACAGAUGUCUACAUGCCUUGCUUGGAGACUUUAGUUUGCAUGGAAAGUUAAGAGCACUCUAGAAAACAGUCUCGUACCGUGUGUGGUGUCAAAUUUCUUAAUGUGGAGUCUACUACUAACUUGCUCCCCUAUUCAGAGUGCCUCUCAGCCCCUAGAUAGCACAGCCCCUGUGCCGCAUGCCAGUUUUCCUUAUCUACUUAGUCAUGCCCUUUCUUUGCAAAACAAAGCAGUCACCUGAUAAAGGGAAAUCCUCAAAUGGAUCAUCCAGACUGUGCUUCCACUUGGGCAAGGAUGACAGUACAGUAGAGAGAGUUCAAGUGAAAAUAAUGGGACUUUUGUCCAGGUAAGUGUGGUUAGCAUUAGACCGCUAAUCAUAGACAGGAAUCCUGUUCUUCCCUGCAACAUAAAAGGCAUCAGGACAGGCAAGGGUGCUGCCAAAGGGCUUCAGAAACCAUCUCUUUUUUUAAAGCUGUACUGGUUUUCUCUUAUGACAGAAUGCAUGUUUCACACUCUGCCUUCUUAUGGAGUAGGGUAGAUCUUUCUAUGAUGCCUGAGCUGACGUUACUGGAGUAGUACUAUCUGUAGGUUACAUACAAAUGCGCAUUCCCAUUACUAGAUUCAAAAUCCUGUUGGGUUUGUUUAUGUGUUUGUUUCAAUGAGGCUCACCUUUUAUAUAGUGACGGUAUAGCUAAUCCCUCCAACAUUGUCAGAAAUGACUUUUGCUAUUGCUGUAGCCUCUACACAGGUCAAAUUAUAUUUUAAAAAAAUUAAGAUAACAUUAUUUGUAAUGUGAUUGAAGGAUCAUUUCCAGCAGGUGCCAUAGAGAAUGCCACUAUUAUGAGUGUCUACCCUCUUCCAAAGCCAUCAACAAUACCAUUGCCAGCUUGCCAAGGGAAACUGGCCCAUAUUCCCUGGUGUGAGACUCAUGGCCGAAGUUUGGAUAAGAACGAGAACACCUGGGAUGUUGCCUGCUGUUUCUAUCCUUAUCCAUGCUCUUGAGAAGAGAUGGAAGGCCCUGCGAGAAGGACUAAAAUAGCCAGAGGAAUGCCUGCUCUUUGUGCCCUCCAAAAUUUUCUUCAAGACCGCUUCCUCCAGCCCUCUGUGCUUGCUAGAAAACUUAAAAGAAGACCUUGCUAGAGGGCUGAGCAGAAAAGAAAAGAUUUGCAGGACAGAAAUAGACAUUAGUCCUACUUCUGUUCAUUUUGCAACUCAGAAAGGUCUUUGCCUCUAACUGGAGCCCUCUAGCAAAUCUUGAAGGAGAGGUGGGUUCUUGAAGAAAGAACUUUUCUCUCUAGAAGAAAGCAUUGCAAUGGACAGAAGUAGCGAGCAUUUCUGCUUUUUCUUUCUUGCAAGUCAGAAAAGUAUUUUCCUCUUCUUUGUGCCUUCUAGCAAUCACAGAGAAGUGGAAGGGGGGAUUUUUCUUCCACUGUGCAGGUAGAAUUGGUGUGGAGCACAGAUAGAGACAAGCAGUAAUAGUGGCAUUCCACAGAGUGGGCCAAGGUGAAAUAAUGGUGUGCACGUCAGUCUUUUCCUAAUACUAGGACACUUCCUUCAAAGCCAUCCUAAUUAUAAGUGGUUUACUAAAACAGCUCCUUGCCUCCCUUAAACUGCAGUAAGGUGACAUGAACAUAAAUCAAAAGGUUAAUUAGUAGUCUUAAGAUUUCCUCCUAAAUCAGUGAAUCGUUAAGACAGUACAUGCUUUCUUCCUGCUUCAACCCCAAUUUGCCUUGUGUCUGCUGCUCAAUAAAUGGGACAACAUAAAUCUGAAAUACAGACUUCCCUCCUUAUGGGUUGAAUGAUCUUGAAAAGUAUGUCCCUAAAGUCUAUUUUAAAAACUUGCAAUUCAAUAUAUGUUGUACUAAGGUUCUGUAACACUAAACCUGAUUUCAAUAAACAUUUUAUUUCUCUA